CAUGAACAGACAAGUCUGCAAGAAAUCCUUCAGUGGUGGGAGCCAGGGCUUCUCCGGCCGCUCUGCCGUGGUCUCCGGCAACAGCAGGAUGAGCUGUGUGGCCCGCUCUAGGGGAGCCGGUGGAGGAGCCUGUGGGUUCCAGAGCGGGGCAGGUGGCUUUGGCAGCCGCAGCCUCUACAACCUGGGUGGCAACAAGAGCAUCUCCAUCAGCGUGGCCGGUGGCUCCCGGACUGGAGGCUUUGGGGGAGGGCGUAGCAGCUGUGGCAGUGGCUUUGGUGGUGGCUAUGGAGGUGGUUUUGGUAGUGGAAGAGGAAUGGGAGGUGGCUUUGGAGGGGCUGGUGGCUUUGGAGGGGCUGGUGGCUUUGGAGGGGCUGGUGGCUUUGGUGGAGCUGGUGGCUUUGGUGGAAUUGGUGGUUUUGGUGGGCCUGGUGGCUUUGGCCCUGGUGGCUUCCCUGGGGGAAUCCAAGAAGUGACUGUCAACCAGAGCCUCCUGCAGCCUCUCAAUGUGGAGAUCGACCCUCAGAUUGGGCAGGUCAAGACCCAGGAGCGGGAGCAGAUCAAGACCCUCAACAACAAAUUUGCCUCUUUCAUCGAUAAGGUGCGGUUCCUGGAACAGCAGAACAAAGUCCUGGAAACCAAAUGGAAUCUGCUCCAGCAGCAGACAACGGGCUCCGGCUCGGGCUCCAACAGCCUGGAGCCUUUCUUUGAAUCCUACAUCAGCUUCCUCCGCAGACAGCUGGAUUUGGCUCUGGGGGAGAGGGGGAACCUGGAGGGAGAGCUGAAGAACAUGCAGGUCCUGGUGGAAGACUUCAAAAAGAAGUAUGAAGAUGAGAUCAACAAACGCACUGCGGCCGAGAAUGAGUUUGUGGGACUCAAGAAGGACGUGGACGCUGCCUACAUGAACAAGGUGGAGCUGCAGGCCAAGGCCGACAGCCUGACAGAUGAGCUCAACUUCCUGAGGACCCUCUAUGAGAUGGAGCUGUCCCAGAUGCAGAGUCAUGUGAGUGACACGUCUGUGGUCCUCUCCAUGGACAACAACCGCUGCCUGGACCUGGACAGCAUCAUCGCUGAGGUCAAGGCCCAAUAUGAGGAGAUCGCUCAGAAGAGCAAGGCUGAAGCUGAGGCCCUGUACCAGACCAAGCUUGGGGAGCUGCAGACCACAGCUGGCAGACACGGGGAUGACGUGAAGAACACCAAGAGUGAGAUCAUGGAGCUCAACAGGCUGAUCCAGAGGCUGCGGGCCGAGAUUGAGAACGUCAAAAAACAGCACGCCAACCUCCAGGCAGCCAUUGCUGAAGCUGAGCAGCGUGGGGAGAUGGCCCUCAAGGACGCUAACGCCAAGCUCCAAGAGCUGCAGGCUGCCCUACAGAAGGCCAAGGAUGACAUGGCCCGGCUGCUGCGUGAAUACCAGGAGCUGAUGAAUGUCAAGCUGGCCCUGGACGUGGAGAUCGCCACCUACAGGAAGCUGCUGGAGGGCGAGGAGUGCAGGAUGUCUGGAGAGUGUCAGAGUGCUGUGAGCAUUUCUGUGGUCAGCAACGUCACCAGCACAAGCAGCAGCUCUGGUGGGAGCCGUGGGGGCUUUGGAGGGGUCAGUGGCAGCAGCAGCGGUGGCUACAGAGGCGGCAGCAGCAGCAGUGGCUACAGAGGCAGCAGUGGUGGCCACAGAGGAGUAAGCGGUGGCAACGGCAGUGGUUAUGGUGGCGUUAGCGGCGGCGGCACUGGAGGCUACCAGAGUGGCAGCGGCACUGGGGGCUACCAGAGUGGCAGCGGCACUGGGGGCUACCAGAGUGGCAGCGGCACUGGAGGCUACCAGAGUGGCAGUAGCAGUGGAGGCUACCAGAGUGGUGGCACCGGCAGCAGGCUGAGCAGUGGAGGCAGCAGCUCUGUGAGCCAGAGUGGAAUGGGCUCCAGUCCUGGCGGCAUCCAGUCCUCUGGAGGCAGUGGCUACAAGUCUGGCAGUGGAGGCAGCACCGGUAUCCGCUUCUCUCAGACCCCCAGCUCCAGCCAGCACAGCUCCAAGUGA